AGUUUGCUCCUGCAUGAGGGCUGGUUCAGCGAGGACUGAUGGUGAGUUUAGGGGAACUUCGCCUCCCAAAUCACUCCCCUCCCACCACUCCACCCCCAGUAACUGAGCACCGGCUCUUGAUCUGAAAGGCUAGGGAGGCUGGGACAGGGGCGGGUCGCGCAGGGUUGGGGCGGAGCCUGAGGAAGGGGCGUGGCCUCUCUGGCUCCCAGGCGGGGUUUCUGCUAAAGGCGCGGAGCACAAGGCGCCGAGGGCGCAGAGUAGAGCAGCACCCGUUCUGCUGAAGUCUGAGCCGAAGACUGCACAUCCCCAGCCCUCCCUCCAGCUUCCUCGCUGUUCCAGUACCCUUACCCCUGCCCGGCCUCGCGUGGCGCGACCCGCAGCCAUGCAGCCCCAGGGUUGAAGCGGCCCCAUGGCAAAGCCAGUGGUCCAAGCGACGACGGCGCAUGGAGAACUUCCGUAAGGUGCGCUCGGAGGAGGCGCCAGCCGGGGGCGGUGCCGAGGGGGGCAUCCCGGGCUCUGGCCCCUUCGCGGAUCUGGCGCCCGAUGCUGUGCACAUGCGGGUCAAGGAGGGCAGCAAGAUCCGCAACCUGCUUGCCUUCGCCACCGCCAGCAUGGCGCAGCCAGCCACGCGCGCCAUCGUGUUCAGCGGCUGCGGCCGGGCCACCACCAAGACCGUCACGUGCGCCGAGAUCCUCAAGCGCCGCCUGGCGGGCUUGCACCAGGUCACGCGGCUGCGCUACCGGAGCGUGCGGGAGGUGUGGCAGAGCCUCCCGCCCGGGCCCACGCGGGGUCAGACGCCUGGCGAGCCGGCCGCCAGUCUCAGUGUACUUAAGAAUGUACCGAGCCUCGCCAUCCUACUUUCAAAGGAUGCGCUGGAUCCGCGACAACUUGGCUACCAGCCUCCGAACCUCAGUCCUGGUCUUUCGACCCCGCCAACGGUGACGACGUCCAAGAGGAGCCUAGGGGAAUCCGCAGCUGGAGAAGGCACUGCUAAGCGGUCUCAUCCUGAGCCUGGGGCUGGGAACUAGGACCCGACUGCCUGAGAACACCGGACUCUGAGCCACCUAGACCGACUGGAUCUUACAUAUCCCCACGCCACCACAUUCACAUGCCUCUUUUAUGCCUGGGUCUUCAGGAGCCCACGUUCUUGGACACAGCUCUUGAGAUGAGUGGCACAGACCAUCUGAGAUGAGUGGCGACAGGAAUGGCAAGAGAGGAUCCUGUAGAGUUCAAGGAAACUUCUUGGGAUGUAGCCUGAAGACAGAACUCCGCCCUCACCUUUUAUGGGCUAUACUGGGAUAUUUUUCAGAGAGGGAAUGGUGGACAGUGGGACUUGAGCCUUCUUGGGGACUCACAGAGGCUAAAGGCACCCGGCAUUCAUGAAGUUUGGCAGGCGAGGACUAUUAGAAUCACCCUUGCUGUUGACUGAGGGCAGGAACCAUGGAACUGAUUGCUUGAGGGUAGGGGCAUCAGAAAUAUUGGAGCCCUGUUCUGCCCCUGGUCCUAGACAGUUUCUCUUUAACUUUCCUUCCUUUUAAUAUCCCCCUUUGCUUGGUGGCAGAGAGGGAGGGCGCAGAACAGAACUUUCCAUGCCUCCUCCCCUGAGCCCUACCCCAGGAGUCUUGCUUCCAAUAAAACAAACAGAAAAUG